CGCUCAUUUUCUGACCAGGACCAUAGAAGAGUCCGUCGCUGCGCGAUUUCGACUGCCCGUUCACGACCACCUGUAGCCUUAAUACCACCCCACACUAGAUCCACGACCCUUCCCCAUCUUCAACAAUUCCCAGACACAUAACCAACAUGUUCGCUCUCCGCUCGCUCCUCCCCCUCCUCCCCCUCGUCGCGCUCGUCCCGCGCGCCGCCGCCCACGGCUACAUCGCCAGUGUCUCCAUCGACGGCAAGGAAUACGAUGGCCCCUACUUCGGGGAAGACGGCGGCGGCAAGUACCCGAUCCGCCCAGUCAACACGAUCGACCCGCUCAAGGGCGCGGACAACAAGGACCUCUCGUGCGGGCCCGGCUCGUACCCCAUCAGCGGCGACGACAGCAAGGUCUACGCAAAGGCCAGCCCCGGCAGCGCGAUCGACGUCAACUGGAUGAGCGGCGACGGCCAGGCCUGGCCGCACAACGUCGGCCCUAUGCUCACCUACCUCGCCCAGUGCGACGGCGGCGACUGCUCGACGCUCGACGGCAAGGACGCCAAGUGGUUCAAGAUCGAGCAGACCGGCCUCAAGGACGACGGCAGCGGCUGGGUCCAGGAGGAGCUGAUGCAAGAGAAGCCCGCCUCCCUCACGCUGCCCAAGGACCUCGCGUCGGGCGCGUACCUGCUGCGCCACGAGAUCAUCGCCCUGCACCUCGCCAGCGAGGAGGGCGGUGCUGAGUUCUACGCCGGCUGCGUACAGCUCAAGGUCGACGGCGACCAGACUGGCACUCCGUCCGACGACGAGCUCGUCUCGUUCCCUGGCGCCUACAGCGACGAGGACAAGGGCAUCCUGCUUGACCCCUUUUCGGUCAGCAAGAGCGACUACGUGUUCCCUGGACCGAAGGUGGCCGAACUCGCGGAUGGUGGUUCCAACUCCGGCUCCUCUUCGGGCAACGACACCUCCAACGGUGACGACAACGACUCUGGAAACUCCAGCGGUAGUGGCUCCAAUUCGUCGUCUGGCAACAACAACAACGACGGCAACACGAACUACGGCAACGGUUGGACGAAGUCUUGCGGCCUCAAGAAGGCGAAGCGCUCUGGCACUGUCUCCAAGCGCGCGGCACCCUCUGCCGGCGCUGAUGAGGAGCGCGUCGUCGACGCGAGCGCUCACCGCCAGCCGCGCGUCUACAGCCGCAUUAUGCGCGGCCUCGACUGGCGCAGCCUGUAAGCGCGCCACUAUCCCGUGUUCCGUGGACGUGGUUCUCGCUCAGGUGUCUGUCUACCGCGCAUCGCUCGCGCUCCUCCCUCCUUGCCACCCCUCGUUCAUUCAUCCCCCACAUGCUGCAUAUGCACGACACAUGCCCAUUAAACCUCGCCCAACACACGCAUCAUGACCCGUCUCGUUUCCUCACUAAUUAUUCACGACGCACCGGACAUACCGGCGCCGCCGAGCGCGGUGGCCUCGCUUGACUGUGUCUCGCGGGGCUGCGAUCUUACGAUGGCUGGUCGCGUGCGACCAGCUCAUAGCAGCGCUACUACUUACGACUGGCUACGUAUCCACUGUAUCUAUAGCUCCUGCAUCUGUAUUGCGAGCCGUGCUCGCCUGGCUUUACUCUACGGUAUACUCUAGUAUACGUGUUCUAUAUAUUGCGUCCCGCGAGCGUGCUCGCUAAAUGCUC